AAAUAAAAUAUUUAUUAAAAUAGGGUAGAAAUUGAAGGCGGGGAUUUGAAAAAGAAUGUGGGGCGGGAGAAAUCGAUCACCGAUCACUCCUCCGAAGAAUUCCCUCCCUCCUCAAGAACUCAUCGACGAUCUCUGCAGCCGUUUGGUUGUGAAUACGCCUAAGGAAGAUCAGCGCUCUUUCGAGAGGCUUUUGUUUCUUGUGGAGAGUGCACAUUGGUUUUACGAAGAUAAUGCAGUCGAAAACGACCCAUCUUUGAAGUCAUUAACUUUGAAGCAAUUUACUUACUUACUGUUUAACAACUGCGAAGUACUAAAACCGUAUGUACCCUAUUUGGAUGACAUAUUUAAGGACUUUACUGCAUAUAAAUUUCGAGUUCCGGUAGCAGGGGCAAUUAUACUGGAUGAAACUCAUGAACGGUGCUUAUUAGUGAAGGGAUGGAAAGGGAAUAGUUGGUCAUUUCCUCGUGGAAAAAAGUGCAAAGACGAGGAAGACCAUAAAUGUGCCAUUAGAGAAGUCCUAGAGGAAACAGGUUUCGAUGUUUCGGAACUUCUUAAUGAAGACGAAUACAUUGAAAUGUUUUUUGGACAGCAGAGAGCGAGAUUGUACAUAAUUUCGGGUGUGAAUGAUCAGACCCCCUUUGCUCCCCUCUGUAAGAAAGAGAUAAGUGAAAUUGCAUGGAAGCGCCUUAAUGAACUCGGACCAGCAAACGACAAUGUCACAUCUCGUGGAAUCACAGGGCUCAAGCUCUAUAUGGUUGCUCCAUUUUUGGCGUCUUUGAAGUUAUGGAUUUCAGUACAUCCACCUCCAGUAGCACCUAAACCCUAUAAACCCCGAAAAGGAUUUAGCGUGUGGAAUGUGAAAAACAUCGAGAAGCAGCCAAGUAAAGCAGUGAUUAAUAAUGCCCAUCGACCAAUAAGAAGCUUCUUAGACUUCCGGUUAGAUAUUGGAAAGAUACUGAAUGCAGUGGAUUAUGCAUUCUUUUCUUCUUGAAUGGUGAAACCAUUUUUUUCUUUUUGAAAGACAACUGAAGAAGUUAUAUAACCAAUACCUUACAGGUUAGUUGCUGUAUAAUAUUGUAUAGUUUUCGCAUAGCUUAUAUACUUCGUUCGUUGAUUGGAUCACAUGAUUCUUGUUCAGUUUCGAUUCUAUUAUUAUUAUUAAUUUUUUUUA